UAAAUUAACAUGGGGACAGUAUUAAGUAUAAACCCAAAGGAUCGUCACAAUCCAAUUUAUUCUGGGCAACAUUAUUUUCAAUAUAAUCAACAAUCGGAAAUAAAAAAAGAUACAAAUAACGAUAAUAUCAAUUUAACGGACUCUCAACUUAAUAAUUUUUCAUAUGAGCAAUUAAAUAAUGCAAAGAAUCGAGAAAAUAAAAAAAUUCAUUGCCCGCAGUAUCCAAAAAAUGGAAACAGACAUAGUAAUGGAUGUUCAAAUGUUAAACUAAGUAAUUUAAAUUCUAAUAAUAUUCAUCAUAUUAACAACAGUACUAAGGAUACUAUAAACAAUGAUCUUGAUUUUCACAAUGAAAAUUCUGUUAUAUUAUCGGAGAAAGGAAAUAUUGAAAAACAUUUAAAGAAACAUUCAAUUUUUAUGAAUGCAUUAUCAUGGAAAAAAAUUUCAUCUCACAGUAGGAAGAAAAUUGAUUAUAAAUCAAAAUGUUCUAACCUUCCUGUUGGAAAUUUAAAGACGCAACUUAUUGACUCUAAUUAUUCCUCAGUAGGAGAUAAAAAUAAAAAUUCCCAUAACAAUUGCAAUUACAAUGAUGAACACCAAAACAUUAAUAUAGAUAAUCAAGAUUCGUGUUUGCAAUAUUUGUCAUCUAAAGAAAAAAAUAAACACAAACUAGAUAUCGUUAAAGUAAAUAACACUAAUUGUAUAUCAAAUCACAACAAACUAGUACAAAAACAACCAUUAACAAUAUCUCUACCAUCACAAUUGCAGUCUACAGCGUUACCAACAAAAAUCAACAAUAAUGGACCCAGGAAAACUGUUAUACAGGUAAGUUUUAAUUUACAUGUCACUCUUUAA